GUAAACUCAGGAGGAGGAGGUAUUACCAUCUUCAAAGCUAAUCGUUGAGGAAAUACAGAGGAGACUUUGCUGUGUCUGGCGGGAGGUUUUGAUUUGAAACUUGGCUAUUGCUUACUGAUCUGUACAGAGUAUCAGGCAGUCUCUAAGGAUGAAGAAGGACGUACGUCACAUAACUGAGAGGAUUUUACAUCUCACCCUGGAGAUCAUCUACCUGCUGACUGGGGAGGAUUACACAGUAGUGAAGAAGACAUCUGAUAAAAGUAUACCAUGCAAUAGCCAUCCACGUGUAUCAGGAUCACUGAGCAGGACCCAGAGCCCCAUCCCGAUGCCUCCACCUCACUCACUGAUACAUGAGAGCCACAAUGACCAGAAGAUCCUGGAACUCACCAAGAAGAUCAUUCAGCUGCUGACUGGAGAGGUUCCUAUAAGGUGUGAGGAUGUCACUGUCUAUUUCUCCAUGGAGGAGUGGGAGUAUAUAGAGGAACACAGGGGUCUGUACAAGGACGUGAUGAUGGAGAAUCACCGGCCCCUCCUCACAUCACUGGAUUUCACUGAGGUUCCAAAAUCAUCUGGAGGACCCCACACCUCUAUUACUUCACCGGAUUGUACGAAUGAGGAUCACAGUAUGGAUUUAUAUCUCCAAACAGAUAAAUACUCAACAAUAGAUGAACAGAACACAACCAAGAGACUGAAGAAGGCUACAGAAGGAGGGAAUCUCACCAACAUUGACAUUUGUAGACCCACAGAUCAUACACCGUAUACAUCUGGUCAUGCUAAGGAGGAAUCGGCUCCAUGUGACGGCGGAGAACUAGCACACACUGACAUGUAUAUACUCUCAGAUCAUACAAUUAAUACAUCUACUCAUAUUAACGAGGAAUCAGCCUCAUGUGACGGAGGAGACCUCACACACACUGAUAAUUAUACACCCACAUAUCAUACACAGAACACACCUACUCUUAUUAAGGAGGGAUCAGUCUCAUGUGACGCAGGAGACCUCGCACGCAUUGACGUGUAUACCCCCACAGGUCAUACACAGUAUACAUCUCAGCUUAAGGAGGGUGCAGUCUCAUGUGAUGGAGACCUCGCACACACUGACCAUUAUGAACCCGCAUAUCAUUCACCGUAUAAAUCUACUCAUGUUAAGGAGGAGCUAGUUUCAUGUGAUGGAGAAGACCUCACACACACUGACAAUUAUACACCCACAUAUCAUACACAAUAUAUAUGUACUGACUGUGGAGAAUGUUUUACAGAUAAUACCCUGCUUGCUCUACAUCAGAAAAUGUAUAUAGGGAAUUGCUUCAUGCAUACUGCACAGCUUAACACACACUUGAAAAUUCACAUGGUAGAAAACCCAUAUUCCUCUAAUGACCAUGGAAAGGUUCCUGCGAGUAACCCAGAGUGCAUCACUCGUCAGGAAUUUCACACGGAUGCAAAACCUUCUCCUUCAUCUGACGGUAGUAAAUAUUUUAAACGCAAAUCGCCAGUAAUUAAGCACCAAGGAACUCCCACUGCAGAGAAGCCUUUUUUUUGCUCUGAUUGUGGGAAAUGUUUUCCAGGUAAGGGACUUCUUGCCAUGCAUCAGAGAACUCAUACAGGAAAGAGGCCAUUUUGUUGCUUUGACUGUGGGUUAUCUUUCAAUCGCCAAGGACUACUUUCUAUGCAUCAGAGAAUUCACACAGGGGAGAGACCAUUUUCUUGCUCGGAGUGUGGGAAAUCAUUUAACCGUAAAUCAAAUCUCACUGUACAUUCCAAGACUCACACAGGAGAGAAGCCGUUUUCUUGCUCUGAGUGUGGGAAAUGGUUUACCAGCGAGUCGAGGCUUGUUUCACAUCAGAGGGGCCACGUUGGCGCGAGUGCUUUUUCUUGCCCUGACUGCGGCAAGUGCUUUAGACACAAAUUCUCUCUUGCUAAACACCAGGCAACUCAUAGGGCCACAAAAGAAUUUCCUUGCACGGUCUGUGGUAAAAGUUUCAGCCACAAAGGACUGCUUGAAAUCCAUGAAAGAAUUCACACAGGAGAAAGACCCUUUUCUUGUUCCGAAUGUGGGCAGUGUUUUAUCCAGAAAUCCCAUCUCAUUAUACAUCACAGAACUCAUACAGGAGAGAGACCCUAUUUGUGCUCCGCAAGUGGGAAAAGCUUAGCCAGUGCCUCAGACCUCCCUAUUCGCCAGAGAACUCACACAGGAGAGAAACCCUAUCCAUGCUCUGAGUGCGGGAAACGUUUUACGCGCAAGGCUCUCCUUGUCAUGCAUCAGAGAUGUCACAAAGAUUUCACUGUGGAUACAAAAUUAUCUGGAGGUUCCCACACCACUAUUACUUCACUGGAUUAUAUGAAUGAGGAUCACAGUAUGGGUUUAUAUCUCCAAACAGAUAAAUACUCAACAUUAGAUGAACAAAACACAGCCAGUAGGCUGGAGAAGGUUAAAGAUGGAAGGAAUCCCACCAGUGCCAACAUUUAUAGACCCACAGAUUAUACACUGUACACGUCUGGUCAUGAUAAUGAGGAAUUGGCUUCAUGUGAUGGAGGAAACCUUGUACACACUGACAUUUAUACACCCACAGAUCAUGCACCGUAUUUACCUGGUCAUAUUAAGGAGAAAUCAGUCUCUUGUGAUGAAGGCGACCUCACACACACUGACAAUUACACACCCACAUAUCAUACACAGUAUACAUCUCAUACCAAGGAGGAAUCAGUGUCAUGUGACGGCGGAAACCUCACACACACUGCUAAUUAUACACCCACAGAUCAUACACAGUAUGUAUCUACUCACAGUAAGGAGAGAUCAGUGUCAUGUGAUGGAGAAGACCUCACACACACUGAUAAAUAUACACCCACAGAUCAUACACGGUAUACAGCUACUCCUAGUAAGGAGGGACCAGCCUCAUGUGAUGGAGGAGACCUCACACACACUGAUAAAUAUACUCCCACAUAUCAUACACAGUAUACAGCUACUCCUAGUAAGGAGGGACAAGUCUCAUGUGAUGGAGGAGACCUCACACACACUGAUAAUUAUACUCCCACAUAUCAUACACAGUAUACAGCUACUCCUAGUAAGGAGGGACCAGUCUCAUGUGACGGGGUAAACCUCACACACACUGAUAAUUAUACACCCACAUAUCAUACACAGUAUAGAGCUACUCAUAUUAAGGAGGAACCAGUCUCAUGUGAUGGAGGAGACCUCAUAGACACUGAUAUUUAUACACCCAUAGAUUAUUCACAAUAUACAUGUACUGAUUGCGGAGAAUGUUUUACGGAUAAUGCCCUGCUUGUUCUUCAUAAGAAAAUCCAUAAAAGAAAGAAAAUAUAUUGUUGUCCUCUGUGUGGGAAUUGUUUUAUACAUGUUGAAGAGCUUAACAUACACUUGAAAAUUCACAUGAUGGAGAGCCCAAAUUCUUCUAAUGAACAUGGAAAGGUUCCCGCUAGUAACCCGGACUGUGUCACACGUCAGGCAUUUCACACGGACGCAAAACCUUCUCGUUCCUCUGACGGUGGUAAAUAUUUUACCCGGAAAUUGCCAGUAAUUAAGCACCAAGGAAUUCCCACUGGAGAGAAGCCAUUUUCUUGCUCUGACUGUGGGAAAUGCUUCAGCCGUAUAGGACUCCUUAAUAUGCAUAAGAAAACUCAUACAGGCGUGAGGCCGUUUCCUUGCUCGGAGUGUGGGAAGACUUUCAGCCGUAAAGGACUUCUUGACAUGCAUCAGAGAAUUCACACGGGGGAAAAGCCAUUUUCUUGCUCGGAGUGUGGGAAAUGUUGCAACCGGAAAUCAAACCUCCUGAAACAUCAGAAAAUUCAUGCAGCAAAAAAAUUCAAACUCUGAAUGUUUUACCAGUGAGAGAGGUUUAAGCGUAUCGGAUAAUCUCAAUAAAUGCGAAAAAGAUCCUUAA